AUCCUCCGUUAUUCUGUGCUGUUUCCCGUCUCUCUCUCUGUGUGUGUGUGUGCUUAUCCCCCACCACAAGUGGAUGUGAUCUUGGCGGUCGGCCAGAUGCACGGUGGUCGGUCUACUCCUCGCUCUGCUCCCCACGCAACCGGUGGGGACGAAGCCGUGAGAGACCACCAUCCUUCUUCGUCGCUCUUAACCCCCUUCUGCUCUGUCAAGAUGCCCAAUUCUUUCCCCCCGUUUUCCUCCUUUCUCCGGCCAUCAUCCCCAUGGUGGCCUCCUCCUCCUCUUCUCCCCCACCGCCUCCUCCUCCCCGGCCGGUACGCCCCUCCCCUACCGGCCGAGAGGAUUGCUGGAGCGAAGGCGCCACCUUAGCGCUCAUCGAGGCCUGGGGCGAUCGACACAUUAACCUCAGCCGCGGCAAUCUCAAGCAGCAGAACUGGUUGGACGUUGCCGACCGCGUCAACGCCCGUUUCGGCGGUCUCCGCCACCGUAAAACGGACUCUCAGUGCAAGAACCGCAUCGACACCCUCAAGAAGAAGUACAAGCUCGAGCGUGCCAAAGUCGUUGCAUCCGGCGGCGUCUUCGUCUCUAGGUGGCCCUACUUCUCCCAGAUCGACGACCUCGUCGGCCCCGGGAAGGGCCAAACUCCGGCCGGAGCCGGCGUUCGGACACUCCACGUUCCUGUCUUGCGAUCGCCCCGCUCCGUCCCCUCUCCGAGGCCUGCGAACGGGGAAGAGCAAGACCUUGCGCGUAACCAGGUCGUCAAUUCUGCGGCCAAUUCCGGAGCAUCUUCGAGGUCGAGGGAUUCGACAAAGAGUUCCCCGGUUGCUGGUGGGGGUGGUGAUGAAGACGAUGGAUCGGAGGGUGGAUUGGGGAAGAUGGGAGAGGUGGGUGCGGGGUUUAGGGACUUGGCAAGGGCAAUUAUGGGGUUAAGUGAGGUAUACGAGAAGAUCGAGAGCUCCAAGCAGCAACAAAUGGUGGAUCUGGAAAAGCAGAGGAUGGUGUUCGCUAAAGAAUUGGAGUUCCAGAGGAUGCAGAUGCUCAUGGAGGCCUAUGUCGAGCUGGAGAAGAUGAAACGACGAUUUUGAGCUUCUUGCUUGCCCUUCUUGAUGUCCACCUUUUAGGCUUAGUUCAGCUUGUGAUUGUGAUGAAAGAAUUAGCUUGGCGACUAGUAGUAUGUGCUUACUGUUGCUAUUCCUAGAGGCUCCUGGACAUCAUGAAGCCAUGUUGGAACAGCAUAUAUGCAUGUGAAGGUGAUGGAGACAUUAGAACUUUGUUCUCCUUCUUGGACGUUGCAGGGUGCAUUUCAGAUGGAAAUGCUGAUGUAGUUAAAUUCUGUCCAUAUGAUUUAUCGUCUCAUGCAGAAUAAACGUCGCAAGAGGUGAUGAACCAUCUCGACUCGCAAGAGGUGAUGAAGGAUGAUUUGAUGUCUAAGGAUGAGAGGUAGAUAGCGCUCUCAAUUUGAUGUGUGCAUUAAUAGGGUAAACUUAUUCUACUCUCCGAACCUCGUGAAGGGGUCCUUCUCUCCUUUUCUCUAUGAAAUAGUUCCAUGUAUCUGGAUUAUCAAACGUCACUGAAAAUAAAUGAUGCAAUUUG